UAAAGAUAGAUGAUGGUGGUUUUUGUAGUGCUUUGAGAUACAGUAUGUAACGUCCAGAACUUGCUGCAUUCAACAAACCGGUUCAAUUUGACUGCAAUUAUAGCGCAUUUGGAAUAAUAUGUGAUGAGUGCAGCAGAAGUUUUUCUUUACAAUUUUUGGAAAACAUCUGUGGACAAACAAAAGCAUAACCCUGUUCGCCACCAUGCAGCUAGACCUAAAGAUGACAGGUAAUUGCGAUUUUAUACUUUAUCAAUCAUCCUGGUGACGAAUUACAUAGGGAUGCUAGGAUUCGGAGACGCAAGAUGGAUAACGAACUAUUUCCCUUAUCGGUGCAAUAAUUAAGAUGCUAACUACUGUUGCACGUGCCCUCCGUGGAUCAAAAUCCAUUACAUGGAGGAGUCUCUCUACCACCAGUUGUUUGUCUGCACAUGAUGUUUCAAGUGACAAAGUACCUUACUAUACCAAACCAAUGUACUAUGAUUCCCGUGCAUUGCCUCUGCCUGAUGUUCCCUUCGUAUCCGAGCUGACCCCUCAGCAGAAGGCUCUAAAGGAAAAGGAAGCUGGAUCCUGGAUUCAGCUGACAAAGGAGGAAAAAGUUGCAUUGUAUCGUUUACAUUUUAACAAGUCUUAUACAGAAAUGAAGCAAGGAUCACCGUCAGAGUGGAAAACGAUAGUGGGUGUUGUAUGCUACUUCGUGGCCUUUACUGGACUAUAUUUCUUGUGGCAACGUAUAUACGUGUACGGUCCGGUGCCUCACACCCUUUCUGAGGACUAUAUUGCAAUGCAAACCAAGAGGAUGCUCGACAUGAGAGUGAAUCCUGUCACAGGCUUUUCCUCCCACUGGGAUUAUGAGAAGAAUGAAUGGAAAAAGUAAUACAACUCUGGCUCGAUGUGAUGCAGUAUACAUAUGGAAAUAAAAUACAUAUAUCAUGCAAAAAUGUUUCCUUUGUUUAUUGUACACUUACAGUAAGUACAUGGACAUGUCUGCCAUAGACAGCAGCUGCAAUGGUAUACACAGCUGGGAGGUACCCACCUUCCCUCUCAAAGCCAGGAAAGCCCCUAUGUCUGUAUGUGAGCUUUUGAUUAUUGGGCAGUGCAUUGGUGCCCUUACACAACUAUGCUAUGCAACGCACAAACAUGUAAGUGUGACACAUGGUUUGAAAGUAACUCAAAUUUUUCAGGAAGAUAUUGCACAAAGUAAGGUCUAUAUCACAUGACCGGUAAUGGCCGCCUUUGAAUGUGGCAUAUGUUUGGUUCCCUAAAACUGACAAGCAUAAGUAGUGAUACAAUAAAAUCAAUGGAAAAUAAUAUUUCACUAUUAAGCUCUCAGUAUGCUGCAUGCAUUCUUGGGUUAUAGUUAAGCAUAAUUUUCCCAUUGAUUAUAGUGUGACUACAUGAUACCAAAUUAACCUGCAAUACAUUGUAAAAUAAUGUGGGGAUAAAAUAAA